CAAAGCCCUACCAACCCAUUCCCCCGGCCGCCGCCGCCGCCGCCGUCCAUGGCGCCCGCCCGUGCCGCCAAGCGCCCCAAGCUCGAGCCCUCCGCAUCCGCCUCCACCUCCGCCGCGCAGCAUCAGCAUGAGCGGGGCAACGACGACUACAUGCCGGGCAACAUCGUGGAGAUCGAGCUCUGCAACUUCAUGACCUACGACCGCCUCGUCUGCCGCCCGGGCCCGCGCCUCAACCUCGUCGUCGGCCCCAACGGUUCCGGCAAGAGCUCCCACGUCUGCGCCAUCGCGCUCGCCCUCGCCGCCGGCCCCUGCAUCCUUGGCAGGGCCUCCAGCGUCGGGGCCUUCGUCAAGCGCGGCGAGGAGUCCGACCACGUCCACCUCUCCCUCCGCUCCCAGUCACAGGCCAGCAACAUCCACAUCACCCGCAAGAUCGAUACCAACAAUAAGUCUGAGUGGCUACUCGACGGUCUCUACUACGUUCAGGGGAGAAGUGUAUGGGCCUGUUCUCCUUGAGGUCAAUGUUCAUAGUAAAACUCACGCUGGUUACUUGGAAAGCCACGUUCCAAACUAUAUAUGGAGGGUACUUAUACUAUGAUAAUUUUUCCUGUUUAGUUGCUAAAUCCUGGUGUGCGUUCUACUUAUUGUUUUCCUUUACCUCCGCAUUUCCACUGAAUAUGCCCCCUCAAUUCAUAAUAUGUUCGGCUAGCAUACCUAGGAGGCACAAAAUUGAAGUAAUACUUGACAGGACUUGGAAUAGUCCUAUACUCCUAUGAUAUCGAAUGUUACUUCCAUUUUGUGCCUGCUAGGUAGUCAUAUAUUAUGAACUGGAGGUAGUAUAAAGCAAGGAGCCUUUGAUCGAACCGAUGCAGGUUUCUCACAUGUCCUGUGAACGAUUAAUGUGCAGAGUAGACUGAUUGUCCAGUUACUGAAGAUGAUUAGUGUCCAAUAAGACGACAUGCCUGGAAACUUCUUCGAGAUAUUAUUCCUUUCCUUGAUGUCUGUAUUUCUUUUGCGGACCUUCUCAACUAUCUUAUUGAUUUCCAUGUGAAAGCAUUAUAUCUGCAACAAAUUAACUGCCAUUUCGGUGUGUGUGCCAGUCAUUCAUUACACAGAAUGCUUCCGACCGUGACCUCUUGGUUAGACAACUGAAGGAAUAUGGUACUCCUAUUCUGAACUACACAGGGGGCAAUAGCAUCAUGUGUGAGCCAUUGAACAUUACCCCGGAGAUGAAGCAACUUGGGAUCACAUCAAGACUCGAUCAAGAAUUUGAGGCUCCUCCUGUUGUAGAAAAUGUUUUGAUUACUCAGGCUUUAGUGGAUCAAUCAGUAUAACACUGCUUGUAUCCAGUUCAUGAAUCUGCACCAAGUUGCACUGGUUAUGGCUUUAAAUAAAUUUUCUUCUUUUCUAUGUCCAUGCAGUAUAUAGGUACAAAUCAAGUGGAUAAAAGCGCAGAUGAUGUGGUAAAGUUAGGUAUUAAUGACCUUUGGACUCCAUGUAACCAUUAUCGAUGGAGCAGAUCAAGAUAUGGUGGCCAUUUGUCAGCAAAUGUAGAUUCAAUCUACCCGUCACGCCUCUUCAUGUGCGACGUGAAUGUUAGUGACAUUGAAAUGCUUCGAUCUGAAAAGGAUCAACAUGCAAAAAAUGUUGAAGGCAUGGAGGAGGCCUUAAAAGAGCUCUAGAAAGAUCAAAGAAAGUUAGAAGAUGAAGACUCAGUAUUUGGCACUUGCCGGUCAACUUUCCUACUUUGUCUAUCGCUCUUGCCGGUCAACUUUCCUACUUUGCAGUAUUUGGCACCAUGACGGGUGGCUGCCUUCAGUAUUCACCCAAGAUCAAGUUCACCAUACAUAUAAUCUUGGAAAGUCAGUUUCUACCCCAAAGAUAGCUUGUUCUGCCAAACCAAACUAUUGUAAUUGCAACUCAGUCCUUGAAAUCCAGCAGUAUAUUAUCACCAAAAUAAUCCAGAAGUACAUUUGGAGCUUCACUGAGAAGUUAUACGUGCAAACACAUUUGUUGAAUAUCUCCAGGCCUUCAAACAGUCAAUAUUUUAUCUUGA